CAGAGCAGACACACAUUCACCGAGAUGUUGUCUACAGCUCGGUGACUGGGUUAGUCAGAGCACUAAACAUGUAAUUUCACGAUUUACGUUAGCGUUAUGUUCCUGGUCGAGUUGUCAUGUCAGUGUAAAUAUGGAAGUCCAACACUAAUAAUCUUUUAGCAUCGCAGGAAUAAUGUCCUUACAUUACUGUGCUGGUGUUAAAUCAAUAUGAGGUGUAACCAGUGAUAUGGAAUACGAUGAGAGACUCGCUCGCUUCCGCCAGGGUCAUGUCAACCCCUUUGAUAGGGACGAAAACGAUGGCACUACAGACAAGAAGGAAAUCCCUCCGAAACAUGAGGUAAGGCCGGAGCUGUUCUCCACAGAGACCAAAAGCCAAAGCUCCGACCGGGCCAUGGAUCUGGGGCUGGCUGAGGACCACUUCUCUCGGCCGGUGGCUUCUUUUGUGGCCUCGGAUAUAGAGCAGCUAAAGCAGGCUAUAGAGGAGUGUAAGAGGCUGAUCUUGGAGCUACCAGAGCACUCAGAGAGACAGAAGGACACUGUGGUCAAACUCAUUCAUCUGCGCCUCAAACUACAGGAACUGAAGGACCCAGAAGAGGAUGAGCCCAACCUGCAGAUUCUACUAGAACAUCGCUUCUCUAAGGAGAAGAGCAAGAGUGUCAAACAGACAUGUGACAAGUGUAGCACCAUCAUCUGGGGACUCAUUCAAACAUGGUACACCUGCACAGGGUGUUACUACCGUUGCCAUAGUAAGUGUAUGAACCUCAUUACUAAGCCAUGUGUGAGGUCUAAGGUGAGUCACCAGUCAGAGUAUGAACUGAACAUCUGCCCAGAGAUUGGCUUGGACAAACAGGACUACAGGUGUGCCGAAUGCAGAGCCCCGAUCUCGCUCAGAGGCGUGCCUAGCGAGGCGAGGCAGUGUGACUACACUGGCCAGUACUACUGCAGCAGCUGCCACUGGAAUGAUACCGCUAUCAUCCCUGCUCGUGUCAUCCACAACUGGGAGUUUGAGUCUAAGAAGGUUUGCCGGUCAUCCAUGCGUUAUCUGGCUCUUAUGAUCUCCCGGCCUGUGCUGAAACUGAAGGAGAUAAACCCACUACUCUUUAACUUUGUGGAGGAAUUGGUGGAAAUCAGGAAGCUGCGUCAGGACAUCUUGCUGAUGAAGCCCUACUUUAUCACCUGUAAAGAGGCUAUGGAGGCCAGACUGCUGCUGCAGCUUCAAGAUCGGCAGCACUUUGUGGAGAAUGAUGACAUGUACAGUUUACAGGACCUGAUUGAUAUCUCCAGCGGUCGUCUCAGCUGCUCUCUCACUGAGAUUCACACCACCUUCGCCAAACACAUCAAACUGGACUGUGAGAGAUGCCAAGCCAAAGGUUUCGUAUGCGAACUCUGUAAGGAGGGUGACAUUCUUUUCCCGUUUGACAGCCACACCUCUGUGUGUCAUGACUGCUCCGCUGUUUUCCACAGAGACUGUUACUAUGACAACUCUACGACGUGUCCACGGUGUGCCAGAAUGACGGAACGUAAGCAAGAGGAGCCGGUGGAGCUGUAGCGCAGCAGGCUGACAGUGGUGCGGAUUGUCACUGUGACAGCACUAGAUGCAGUGCUAAAACUGACACUAUGAGCAUGCUUACUUUACAGGACUAGAGCAUGUCUGGCUCUUCUGUAUAUUUGGCCUCUCUUUAUUUGUUGUCUUAAUUGUUGUCUUGUGCUUUUGUGCCAUGCUUGCAUCUCUGAUGAUUUGCCACACUACAGCAUACACCAACCGGCCACUUCAGCAAGUACACCAGCCUUGUAUCUACACUCAUUGUCCAUUUUAUCAUGUCCCUUUACCAUAUAGGUGCACUUUGUAGCUCCGCAAUUACAGAUUGUAGUACAUCUGCUGUGUCUGAUCUCAUACCGGUCAGUGUCACUGCAGUGCUGAGAAUGAUCCACCACCCAGAUAAUACCUGCUUUGUGGUGGUCUUGUGGGGGUCCUGACCAUUGAAGAACAGAAUAAAAGAGCCUAACAAAGUAUGGAGAGAAACAAAUGGACUACAGUCUGUAAUUGUAGAACUACAAAGUGCACUUAUAUGGUAAAUGAAGCUGAUAAAAUGGACAGUGAGUGUAGAUACAAGGAGGUGUAUUUAAUGAAGUGUCUGGUCAGUGUAGAUGUUAACUUGAAGGCAGAAAAGGCACUGAAUAUGAGUUGUGGCAGUUGAACAUACUUAAGGACCUAUAGGCCUUAUUUGCACACAUGUAUGCAAGUUAUACUACUAUCUAAAAAAGAAUGCUACAGGUGUUGUGAAGAUUUGAACACAGUUCAACACCUUGUGUUUUGUGAAGGUUUGAAAGUUAGUUCCCUAUAUAACUGCUAAUUAUAACCUAACUGUAUGUAUGGGUCUGGUGUAUGGUUAAAAUCCAUUUAUGGUAGUGUGUCAUAAUAUAUUUCUGUGUUUAUCUCUAUUGUGUAUCUCUAUGGACCUGGCAGUGUUUGAUACAUGUUACAAAAUAGCGCAAGCACAAGAUCAGCACUAAAAGAUUUCCCUCAUAUUAUAGAACAUUAUCAACAUUAUGUUGUCAUAUGACUGACAAAUGUUGCUAAAGCUGCAAAAGACAUGCUGCCAUAUUUGGCACAUUAAUUUAGACAGUAAAUUUGUUACUGGUAUGCCAUUUUUUUUGUUUUAUUCAGUAAGUUUUUUAUUUUGAGGCUGGAGAUUCCUCAGAAUGGACAUUGUUUAUGCUCUCUAUAAUUAUUUGUUCUAAAAUAAUAUGGAAUAUGCUGUGUUAUGUUUCAGCAUGUUAUUUAAUUGCUUGUUUUCCUGUGACAAAUGUACCAGAGACCUUGUGGUGUCAAAUGUUGUGGAGUUACAUUUACAUCAGUAAACUGUAAUGUUGAUUACAUCAUGAUGUCCAGCAAGUAAAAUAGUAGCAAACUAACAACAAUAAAUACGCUCUGGCUAUUUUUAAAAUGAA